UACUUAUAAAGCUCGACUCGUCCCAUUAAACUAUCCAUAAUUGGACGAUCUCACGAUCGUAUAAGAGUAAUAAGACCCGGCCCAUAUAUUUUUGGACGGAUCUUACCCAUUAUAACUGGGGCUUUUAUUAAUGGGGCUCCAACCCAUUAAAUUUCUCUGUCAACAACGAAACCAAAAAAAAAAAAAAAAAAAAAAAAAAAAAAAAAAAACAAACGGAUGAAUAUAGCCCUGCCUAGUUCUUCCUUCUCUCUCCUCCUCCAUUGAAGCGCACUCAACAUCGCACUUCACCUUCUCCUUCCAAUACCUCUUUCCUCCAUUAAAGCAGCUUCUGAGGUUUUUGAUUAGAACCCUUUAAUGUUAGGACGGAACUAUGAAAAUGGAUCUUUUAACCAUGCGCCCGCCAAUCCGGCUGCGGCCUGUGAGGAUAGUGAUGAUGAGGAUACCCCAUUAGUUUUUACUAGAAGAAAAACAACCCCAAUAAGCUCGGAAUUAAAGAAUUCUUCAUUGUCAGUGAGAAAUGAUAAGCCGUCGGGGAAGUUGGGUUCUGAUGCUAGAACCUUGAAUGAUCGAGGUUCUAGUGCUUUGAAGGGGAAGACGGUUUCAUCUUCGAAGCCGUCUUCUUCAAAGCCGACUCUUGGAACUCAAAAAUCUCCACCUCCAUCCUCGAGAAACCUAAAGUCACCGCCUUUAUCAACUAGACCUUCUCCCUCUCCACCUUCAUCAACUCGACCUUCUCCAUCUCCACAACCUUCAUCGAAUAGACCUUCUCCAUCUCCUCCUUCAAACCGACCUUCUCCGUCUCCUCCUUCAACUCGACCUUCUCCAUCUCCACAGCCUUCAUCGAAUAGACCUUCUCCAUCUCCCCCACCAUCUAGGACAACAAAUAGCAAAUUACCUUCCACAAAUGGAGCUUCUUCAGCAAAUCACCAGCCAAAGAAGGAUAUUCCAGUUAAAGUUGAGAAGCGUUCUCCAGUUGCAGUUAAAGAAGAGAAGCGUGCUCCAGCUGUAGUUAAAGAGGAAAAGCUUGCUAAGCCAUUAGCUGAUGACUCUGAUGAUUCUGAUGAUGACAAGCCACUUAGUACAAGAUGCUCUGUUGGUUCAAAGAAAGGAAUUUCCAACAUGGCUGAAGGCAAGUCUUGUAGUAGUGAUUCUGAGGAUGAUAAGCCUCUUUUUGCUAGGAUAGAUAAGGGAAGGGCUACUGCUGGAACAUCACAGACUCAAAAGUUAAAGGCCGGGAGUAUGAAACCAUCAGAUGAUUCAGAGGAUGAAAAACCUUUGUCAGCUAAGUUACAGAUGAAAGGCAACAAUGGGACAUCUGCUAUCAAGCAUGAUGAUUCUGAUGAAGACAAACCAUUGUCUUCUAAGCUACAACAAAAUGGAUCUAUUAAUAGGGAAACUCAAAUUAAGAAAGGACCUGUUAGUUCAAUUAAAAGGCCUUCAGCAGAUUCCUCUGCUGGUCAAUCUUCUAUAAAAAAGGCAAAGCUUUCAGAUGCAUCUACCUCAGGUAAAGCUAAGCAAAUACCUCUAAAAGCAAGGGUCAAGGAUGAUGAUGACCACAUUCCAAUAGGUCAACGGUUGAAUAAAUCUGCAUCAGGUAGUAAAUCCGUGCCAGCUAAAAAGGUCACUAAAGUUAAUUCUUCCAAGUUGAAGAAAGUCAAUAAGAAAUCAAAGAAAAUUAUGAAGAAAUCAAGUUACUCGAAGUCUUCAAAAGAGCUACCUAAUUCAGGUGAUGGGCAGAAAUGGACCACCCUGGUUCACAGUGGUGUUAUAUUUCCUCCUCCAUACCAGCCUCAUGGGGUUAAGAUGCUGUACAAUGGUAAACCAGUUGACCUCACACCUGAGCAGGAGGAGGUUGCUACUAUGUACGCUGUGAUGCUUGAGACAGAUUAUGUACAGAAGGAAAAAUUUAAUGAAAACUUCUUUACUGAUUGGAAAAAACUUCUUGGGAAGAACCAUGUGAUUCAGGACCUUAGCAAGUGUGAUUUUAGGCCGAUACAUGAAUGGCAUUUAAGUGAGAAGGAGAAAAAGAAACAAAUGACCACUGAUGAGAAGAAGGCAUUAAAAGAAGAGAAAUUGAAACUAGAAGAGAAGUAUAUGUGGGCUAUUGUUGAUGGUGUCAAAGAAAAGGUGGGAAACUUUAGAGUUGAGCCUCCUGGGUUGUUUAGGGGCCGUGGAGAGCAUCCCAAGAUGGGGAAACUCAAAAAACGUAUUCAUCCAAGUGACAUUACAAUAAAUAUAGGAAAAGACGCUCCGAUUCCAGAAUGUCCCAUCCCUGGUCAGAGUUGGAAAGAAGUACGGCAUGACAACACAGUUACAUGGUUAGCUUAUUGGAAUGAUCCCAUAAACCCAAAAGAGUUCAAGUAUGUGUUCUUGGCAGCUAGCAGUACGUUGAAGGGGCAAAGUGACAAGGAAAAAUAUGAGAAAGCAAGGAAGUUGAAGGACUACAUUGAAGGUAUUCGAACAACAUAUAAAAAGAAUUUUAGGAGCAACGAUAUGACCAGGAAACAGAUAGCAGUUGCUACCUAUCUCAUUGAUAGACUUGCUUUGAGGGCGGGUAAUGAAAAGGAUGAUGAUGAAGCAGAUACAGUUGGUUGUUGUACAUUGAAAGUGGAAAACGUAAUACCAAAAGAAGGGUGUAUAUUGGAGUUUGAUUUUCUUGGUAAAGAUUCGAUCAAGUACUACAAACAAUUUGCUGCUGACAAGGAUGUGUAUGAAGCAGUUAAGAUUUUCAGACAAGGGAAGCGUGACGGUGAUGAUCUCUUUGACAAGUUGGACACUAGCAAGUUGAAUGCUCAUCUGAAAGAACUAAUGCCUGGUCUCACUGCUAAAGUAUUCCGUACGUUUAAUGCAUCUGUCACUUUGGAUGACAUGCUUGCUAAAGGGGUUGGAAGUGGAGAGGUGCCAGAAAAAAUAGCCAGUUAUCAGCAUGCAAACAAGGAGGUUGCAAUCAUUUGUAAUCAUCAACGUGCAGUAUCAAAGUCUCAUUCUACACAGAUGGAUAGACUUCAAGCAAAAAUAGAUGAAGCAAAGGCUGAGUUGACUGAACUGGAGAUGGAUUUGACUCGGGCAAAGAAAGGAAAACCUCCAUUGAAGGACAGUAAUGGAAAGCAAAAGAGAAAUUUGACCCCCGAAGCGAUUGAGAAAAAGAUUCUCUCAGUGAAGACAAAAAUUGACAAAUAUGAGCGCGAUAUGAAAAGUAAAGAAGAUCUCAAAGAAAUCGCUCUGGGCACAUCAAAGAUAAACUAUCUUGAUCCUCGGAUCACAGUUGCAUGGUGCAAAAGAAAUGAAGUCCCCAUUGAGAAAAUCUUUAAUAAGUCUUUGCUGGCAAAGUUCUCAUGGGCCAUGGAUUGCGAUCCCAGCUUCAGAUUUUGACUGCCUUUCAAUUAUCUCUUUCCAUGCCAUUACCCAUCAUCGAUAAAGGCUGGUAUUGCCAGAUUUCAUUUCUUUCAUACUUUGCUCCUCCAGAUUCUUGUGCUCGCUGUUGGGUCUAUGGAACCUUGGGUUUUUCAGCUUUAAUCUGUCUGAGCGGCCUUUUCUUUAUUUUUCCUUUGCUAUUCUAAGACAACGGGAAAUUGAGACAAUCCUCUGCUGAGUAGAAAUUUAGUGUUGUACCAUUAUUGUUUCAAUGCAUAAUUCAACAUUUCAAAAGGAAUUGUGGGCUGUUUGCAUUAGUGAAGCUGAUGAAGCAAGUUCAGUGGAUAUGAAAUACUGCCCCCGCCCCCCUACUGAUAUAACUUACAGAAUCCUGUUCUUUGUGCUAAGAUUGCUAAUGUAUUAUGUAUAGACCCUUUUCAGAAAUUAAUGUACAAGUAUAGCAGGUUAAUUUGAUUGCAUUUUGAGGCAGGGUUCAAUUACACCGAUAAUGCAGCGUAUAUUUGACCCUACACCUUGUUCACAUAGAAGCAGAAACUGGAAGUUUUCAAUUGAGAUCCAUAUCCGCUGGUUGACUAUGUGUGAAGCUUUAUUCCGUUUUAAUUUUUUUUUUUUUUUUUUUUUUUAAAUUUGUAUACCAAGUUCUGCCAAGGCAAUGGCAACUUGGUGGAUAGAGGAUGGGAUGUGAAACUCAAUUUUCCCAGUUUUUUCAUCUCAUAGGAUUGUUACUAAUUUUUUUUAUAUUUUUUAAUCGUUUUGCCUUACGGGUUAUGUAUUCUAAUGUUGGGUACUCCUUUGUUUGGCUACUGAUUUUCAUCAAGUUUUUUGGCAUGUUCAAUGCACGAGUUAUUUCUUAUA